AUGGAGAGGUUCUUCCCCACCCUGUACUCCUUCCAGGCCGAGGGCGCCGGCGCCGAGGAGCGGGAGCUCUUCGGGCCGCUGGUGGGCGCGACCGAGGCGUACGUGGAGGAGCUGCCCCUGCCGGAGUGCACCGUGUCCUUCGAUUCGUGGCAGAGGCCCGGCGGCGUCUCGACCGUUUUUUUGUCGGACGUUCUUGGAAGGAUCGAGGCUUCGAGGUUUUCGCACGCUUUCGUCCGUCCUGCAGGGACUACUUGUGUCCACAUCCCCCGCAGCUUGGAGAUUCGGCGGGCUCCCUUCGCUAGAAGCACGAGAGGCGGCAGCAGAGCGGCGGUCAGCUGGCCGCGUAGGCUGCGCCACGCCCGCCUGGCGCCCCGGCGCGCCGGGCGUGCCCGAAUUCGACCACGCGCGCAGCGCGCAGCGUGACGCUGUGCGCUCAACGGCGGCGGUCGGCGGAAUGACAUGUGUGCACCCACAGAACGACUGUCUCCCUGCCGCAAUGCCCGCGGAGGGCAGAGGAUCGGGACAGGGGCGGCCCUGUAUUCUUUUUCUUGCUCCCCCUCCUUCAGGGGGAAGCACGGGGGAAAGUGUCGAUCUGACACGUGCGUUCCUCGUUGGGUCGGCGGAUUCUGGCGUGGUCAGCGGGUGGUUUUCGGACUCCACCUUCCCCCUCGCGCGGUUUACAUUGGGAUUAGGACAGAUAUAAUUUUCGCUUGUAUGUACCUUGUGGGCUGGAACCGGCGCGGGGAACUUGAACACCUCUGCCUCGCAGCCUGCUGGACCCACAAGGGUGCCAGCGGAUCAAAUUUGUCUCCGUAGAAUGAAAGAGGCUGCCAAAGACGCCAGCAAGAGCGUCGCGGCUUCUUUGUGGAGGAGCAGAUGAGCGAUCUUGGAGGCGGAGGAGGAAGAGGGCACUUGUAAAGGGUGAUUAGGGGUACGUAUGGCCCCUCACCCUGGCGUCAGCCGGCAGAGCGCGCGCUGCCAGGACCGCCCACCAGAGGCCCCUGCAGCCAGACGUGCACGCAGCUCUGAGCUCCUCGAGGGCGCUCCCAAA